GGCUAGCCGUAUGCUCCAAAUAAUACACAAUUUGUGUUUUUUUGUUAUUACGACUGAGCAGUGAAGUGAACAUUGAGGUAAUCUGUAGGGUGUUGCAAGUAGUCUGUCCACGUGUUCCUAAUUUUUCAAAUUAAAAUACUUUUGUUUAGAUUGAAGGAGAGUGGAGGUGGAGAGGAGUGGAGUUGGUGACGGGGAGAGAAUGAGCUCUAGUGUCUGCUACAGGUGCAACCGCACUGGUCACUUUGCCCGGGACUGCGCACAGGGUGGUACACGCAACCGAGAGAAAUGCUACAAGUGCAACCGGUUUGGCCACUUCGCACGGGAGUGCAAGGAGGAAGACCGAUGUUACCGGUGCAGCGCUGUGGGCCACAUCGCCAAGGACUGCACGCAGAGCUCGGAUGAGCCUUCCUGCUACAACUGCGGCAAAACGGGCCACAUCGCUCGGAACUGCCCAGAGUCCGCUGGACAGGGCACUGGCCGUGGUGGUGGACGGGGCAACUCGAACGCGACCUGCUACACCUGCAACAAGAGUGGCCACAUUGCCCGUAAUUGUCCCGAGUUCGGGAAUAAGUGCUUUAUUUGCGGUAAGUUAGGCCACGAAAGCCGUGACUGCAAGGAGGAUUAUGACUAAGCUGCCAUUUUAUCUUUUGUUUAACAAAAAAUUGUUGUACGACUCUACCAUGCGAGCUAGUUGUUUUGAGGUUUUUAUUAUGGAAAAUUGAGAAGUUUUAUUGUACCUACAUUAUAGGACUCAUGAAUAAUUGUCUUUAAAGAUGUAAUAUAUUAUUCUGUCCAUAUUAUAUCUAUAUACUUUACUAUGAAUAAAUUUUAUUUGUAAUUUU